CCGGUCCUCCAGCGGCCGGGUUCGCGCAGUGGUCGCCGGCUGCUGACGUGGGCCAGCCGGGUGCCGGGCUGUCAGUGCGGGGCGUGAUGGCGGUAGACAUCACACUCCUGUUCCGGGCCAGCGUCAAGACCGUGAAGACUCGGAACAAAGCGCUGGGAGUGGCGGUGGGCGGCGGAGUCGAUGGCAGCCGCGACGAGUUGUUCCGCCGCAGCCCCCGGCCCAAGGGCGACUUCUCCAGCCGGGCGCGCGAAGUGAUUUCACACAUCGGCAAACUGAGAGAUUUUCUUCUGGAACACAGGAAAGACUACAUCAAUGCUCACAGCCAUAUCCUGUCUGAAUAUGGGAGGAUGACAGAUGCAGAGCGAGACCAGAUAGACCAGGAUGCGCAGACGUUCAUGAGGACCUGCUCAGAAGCCAUUCAGCAGCUGAGGAAUCAAGCCCACAAGGAGACCCACUCCCAGCAAGUGAGGGAGCACAGGAGCGCCAUCCUGGACUUCACCCAGGACUACCUGAGAAGAGUUUGCAAACUGUACUCAGAACAAAGAGCCAUCCGCGUGAAACGAGUGGUGGAUAAGAAGAGGCUAGCCAAGCUGGAGCCAGAAGCAACCGCAAAGACAAGGGAACCCGGUUCUCCUGAGGAAGUUUCCCUGGACCCUUCGCAGGACUCUGGAGAGAAGCCGGUCGCCGAGGAACAUGCAGAAAAGAUUCCAGCUGAAGUGCAGCCCGAGUUGGGAAGCUGGGGAGACGGCAGAGGCGAAGACGAGCUCUCCCCAGAGGAAAUACAGAUGUUUGAACAAGAAAAUCAGCGCCUCAUCGGUGAAAUGAACAGCCUGUUCGAUGAAGUGAGGCAAAUUGAAGGGAAAGUGGUUGAAAUUUCCAGACUCCAAGAGAUCUUCACAGAGAAGGUUUUACAGCAGGAAGCAGAGAUUGACAGCAUCCACCAGCUGGUCGUGGGCGCCACUGAGAACAUCAAGGAGGGCAACGAGGACAUCAGAGAGGCCAUCAAGAACAACGCGGGCUUCCGCGUGUGGGUGCUCUUCUUCCUGGUGAUGUGCUCCUUCUCCCUGCUCUUCCUCGACUGGUACGACAGCUAGUCCCGCUCCGGCAGCGCGCAGGCCUGGCCUCCACGUAGGCCUGUGGUCAGUCCUGACCAGGUUUGACCACAGCAGGUGGCGCUGAGAGACACAUACUCCACUAAAGGGACACAAACCAACCUGGAGUUUUAAGCCCAUUUAGUAGCUGAACGAGACAACAAUGAACACGAGGCAGAUGGGGAAAUGGGAGGGGUUGUUAUCCUGUCUAGCAGGAGGCAGCUAUGGAGGGGCUGCGCCCGGAGGGCACCGCAGGUCUCGCUCCACCAGCGUCUCGGGGCUCAGAGGAGGCACAGCCUGACUUCCUGCCGCUGGGGCCUGAGGAGCUUUUGUUCAGAGAAGGGACGGCCCCAGAGCCCGGGCCUGCUGCUCCCGCUGUGCAUCGACGCCCUAGGAGAUGUGAUGGGACCGUCCGUAAUGGCAGCACGGGCUGGAGCCGCAUCUGCACACAGCGUCCUGGGGCCCUGGGCCUGUGAAAUGCGUGCUGUGCAGACAGUCUGCUGGGCAGUCUCAGGGACCCUCGUGUUCUCUGUGUAAAUGAACGACAACCAAUAAAGUCCGUCUACUCAAAACUGCAACUGGGCUGCCUCGGCCCGUGAACUUGCCUACAGAUAGCAGGUGUGGGAACCCUUUGCCCCCGUGGUCAUCACUGUGUGCAAGCGUGGGCACCCCACAGCUCCGCAGCACGCGAGGCAGCAGGCCCACUGCCCUGCGGGUGCGGGCCCUUUCCAGGCACGGUUUUUCCGGACACGCUUGGUGAGAAAGCGUCUGCGUCAGCGCGCACCUCAGGAAGCCAUGUGCUCGCAGCAGGUCUCACGGUCAUUUAUUUCUGAUCCACUAAAAACGGCACCUGUGACACGUCCACCAGAAACGACACGUUCAAGUAACACGGAAGGAAUGGCUGGAUGUCUUAGUUCUAUUUAAUCGUCUUACACACUUACUUAUCUAACUGGCAGUUUAUAAACAUAUACUUUAAUGUCAAGAUUCGGUUGAAACAACAUUCUUACAAAGGUUGUGAGUUGAAAUGUCAUAACUGGACUUGCGAGGUGCCGCCCAGCCCCGCCCCAGCCUUUCCUGCCUGCUUCUGACGUCGAAUGAGUUACAUCUGUUUCACAAAAUUAAGUUAAAGUGCCCUGGCCUCCAGCAUUGACACUUUCACUUUUCCCACCCAACUAUCUGUUUAAAAACUAACUUGCCAAUAGGGCCGUUGUGCGCGAGUAUUCACGACAGAAGUGAUCAGGGGCCAGUGGGCUGCGUUCCUGUUCAACCAACACAUCACGAGCAGGACGACUACAGGGACAGGGCGCUCUGCAGCCCGGGCCCAGGCCACCCCUUCCUGAGGCCCCUCCCCACCCACUGACUCAACGACAUGCACUCGAGCAACACUCGGCCUGACAGUAACCUGGUGGCACACGUCCUCUGCACGGCUCGGCACUGGUGCCGUCUGGCGGGAGCGGGAGCACCGCCUGCUCUGAGUGGCUGGGGCAUUAGGUCCCAAACAGCCAGGUGUUAAAAGAAGAAAUGCCAGCCCUGGCCAGGUGGCUCAGUGGGUUGGAGCGUCAGCCCGCACACCAGCAGGCUGCAGGUUUGAUCCCGUCCAGGGCGAGCACUAGAGGACACUGAUCCAUGUUUCUGCCUCACAUCGAUGCUUCUCUCUCUCUAAAAAUCAAUUUUAAAAAGUGUAUCCUCAGGUGAGGAUUAAAAAAAAAAUUCCACAAACGCAUUGUCUGAAAUCCAAACCCCUCGCAUGUCCAGUGUAAGUUUGUUUUUUGGCCACAUCCAAUAAAUUGCAGCGCAGCA